GCCGCAUCCACUUCGCGUGGUCCCCCGAAAGCUAGCCGGUGUCGCGCCCCACUCAAAUCCUUUUCCCCAAACAACAAAAGUUUUCCACAUUCGCGGACCGCGUACCGUCGCUUGCCGCGCGCUUUUCUUCGCUCUUUUGCGCUCCAGAGUCGCCGAACCUGCCAGAGUUCCGCAACAGUCAUCCCAGCAACAAGCAGAAACCGCAUCUAAGAUAGUUGGAAUGUUCUCUCAACUGAAUACAACAUCAUUUAGAAAAGGCAAAGAACCAAUGCUGUACGCAGUAGCCCUAGUAUUUUGUUUGGAACUUGUGGCUUUAGCUGCAGCCGCAGACGAUAUUCAGCUGGGAAAAACAUCAGAUGAAAAUCCCGAGGCAGAGUAUUCAAAAAGAGGAUGGAAGACUGACUUGCCGAUGUGGGGUAAAAGAGGUUGGAGCAAUCUGCACUCAGGUUGGGGAAAACGAGAUUUUGAAUUUGAAGUAGACCCGAAUUACAUCGUAACACCGUACGAGAAGAAAUCUUGGCAAAGACUACAAGGUGGUUGGGGAAAAAGAUUUAUCCCCUCCAAAGAAGAUAUGGUGAUACGUCAGUUGGCAGCAGCUCUAGAAGAACAGGAAUCGGAAAACGAAAACGACGGUUACUAUCCUGAUCAGGCAUUGGAAUCUCACGAGCUAAACAAGCGAAACUGGAACAAAUUCACAGACGGAUGGGGCAAGAGAAGCGAAAAAUGGGAAAAAUUCAAGGGAUCUUGGGGUAAACGGGAGCCAGCAUGGAACAACCUGAAAGGACUCUGGGGAAAACGCAGCUUAGCAGAAUAAGAAUACUUUCUAAACCGUUAUUUUAAUAAUUAUUUUGUUUACCAAACAAUUUGAAUGCAGAAACCUGGAUUAAUUAUUUAAUGGUUUAUUCAAAACUUCUGCACUAUCAGUCUUCAUAAUAUUUUGAAAAGCUCAUUUUUGGUUUUAUCUGCCCCAAUUAUUUGUUAGUUUUAUUUUGGGCUAAAUAUUAAAUAUUGCAGAAAGGUUAUUUGUAGAAACGUGGUCUUUUGAUUUUCAAUAAAUAUUAGUUUUUUUUAUAUAGACAUAUUUAUAGGUAGGAUUACCAAAAUCUAGUUUAAUUUAUUAUAUAGCUCUUCUAUAUUUUAUCGUGAUAAUGUAUUAGUGAUUUGUUCGACAAAUUUUUAUAACCUUUUUGCUAUAUUUUCCUAUAAAUAUUUAACCGUUUACAUAAAUAAUUUAUUUAACUUUUAAUCUCUUUCCCGAUUGUUUAUAAUAUUUAGACCUCUACUAGAUAUGUAAUUAAAAAAUGAUUAAAUGUUAAUCAUAUAAACGGUGUCAAAUAUUUGUAAUUAUAACUCUAUAUAAAUUAGUCAUUCUGAUUCAAAUGUUAUAAGUAAUGAUUUAAUGUAAUUUAAAUGAUAGAUCUAAUUAAAUAAUAAGCAAAAU